ACCUUGCAUCCUCCAGAGCACUGUUCAGAAUAAUGCCCAACAUAAGCCCCUAGGUGCUCUCUGGAAUGUUUAUUGUUUAAAAAGAUCCACUGAUAUAUAGCUAACAAACUUAGAAAAGUGUAUAAACUGAAUAAUUUUCAUAUAGCUGGAUUCAGCACCCAGACUUAAUUAAACAUUACCAGUUAUACAGGAAGAUUCCCUCUGCCCCCUGUGUGUCUUCCCCGGGCUCACACAUACAAAGGAACAUGGAUCUGAUUUCCAACACUAUAGGUUACCUUGGGCUGGUUUUCCAUUUUAUAUGUAUGGGGUUACUCAUUGUGUACCUUUCUGUCUUUUCCACAGAUCUUUAAGUAUGAGAAAUUUUGUGUAUAUUUUGAUGCUCGGGAAUGAAUGUGAGGCCUCAAAUAGGCCGAGCAAGUUCUCUGUCACUAAGCAACACCCCCGUCCUUGGAGUGCAGUUUAACUCUAAUUGCUCCAAGCAAGAUUUCUUAGCACAAGCACCAUUGACAGUGUUUGUUUUAAAGGUUUAUUCUACUUAUGCUGUAGAAAACCCUACGGCUACUGAGAUUCAAGAUGUGUGCUCAGCCGUUGGGCUGAACGCCUUUCUGGAGAAAAACAAAAUGUACUCCAGAGAGUGGAACCGUGACGUUCAGUACAGAGGCAGAGUCCGGGUGCAGCUCAGACAGGAGGACGGCAGCCUCUGCCUGGGACAGUUCCCGUCACGUAAGUCAGUGAUGCUAUACGUAGCAGAAAUGAUACCCAAGCUAAAAACAAGGACGCAGAAAUCGGGAGGUGCUGACCCAAGCCUUCAGCAAGGAGAGGGGAGUAAAAAAGGGAAAGGAAAGAAGAAGAAAUGACGUGGUGAGAACAUAGAGCACACGGCCCUGCUGGGAGAGACGUGCAUCUCCGUGGCUGAGGGGACAGCUUUUUGUUUGUGUCGUUUAACUGAGCUGUGAACAAGUGUGUCUCCCAUCCUCAUCAACAGUUAACAGUGAAAGAAGUUUCCAUCAGAAGUUCGCACCCAGCUUUUAUACUGUAAGAAGGAAAACUUGUGUGUGGAAGAAAGAAUAUUUUUAACAGAUAAUGACUGUCCCAUAAGUUACUUGAAAUACUAUAUCUGUUUGUCUUCUAUGUAAACAUAUAUUUCAGGUAUAUAAGUAAUAAAAUUUGAAAUACGCAUUUUGUUCACCUUUAAGUUAAUGAAAUAAAAGAUUUAAACUGA